AUGGACGCCACCAAGAGGCCUCUCUAUGUCCCUCCGCAGAUGGGGCUCUACGCGGAAAAGCACCGUCUUUUCGACAUGAUGCAGGAUUUGCUGGGAGGUUUGUUGAUCCACCGGCCAGAGAACCCACUAGACUUCUUGAUAAGGCAGUUAAAAUUCAGCAAUUGCGAUGCUCCAAGGAUCUUUUUACUUGGCCCUCCAGCCUCUGGGAAAACUACUAUUGCAAUGUGGCUGAGUAAACAAUUGAUAAUCCCCUGGAUAUCCCAGGAGAAUUUGUUAACCAAUGAGUGGUCAGCCCUAGCAAGCGAAGUGCAAGAGUAUCAGGAGAGAAAGCAGAGGAUCCCUGAAGCUGUGUGGGCCAAACUGAUUGAGGAACGCCUGAAGCUUGAAGACUGUCUCUGCAGCGGUUGGAUUCUUGAAGGGCUUCCUGACACCCGAGAACUCGCCAGGUCCUUGCAAGUGAUGGGCAUCAUUCCUAGACAUGUCGUGAUGCUCUACGCUCCCGACAUUAUGCUGAUCGAGCGGAAUCUAGGGAAGAGAGUGGAUGAAGUCACAGGAGAGGUGUAUCAUACGACUUUUGAUUGGCCCACUGAUGAGAACAUAGGUUGGCGUUUGAAGGCACCUGAAGACAUAUCUGAAAAAGAGACCUCACAGAGGUUGCUGGAAUAUCAUCGAAACCUUCCAGGAAUAGUCCAGUCCUUUGGGAAAUCCAUCAAGUUAAUCAAUGCAGACCAGCCGUGUGCGGAUGUCUUCUGGCAAGUUCUGUCACAUGUCCGACUUCCACCUCGAACCCAUGCCCCAUUUUCACCCCGGAUUAUUCUUUGCGGACCUCCAGGAUCUGGGAAAAGUCUGCAGGCAUCCUUAAUAGCCGAGAAAUACGGCCUCAUCAAUGUUUGCUGCGGGCAAAUGCUUAAGGAAGCUGCAGCCAGCGGUACCAGACUUGGAGAAUUCAUUAAGCCGUACCUUGACGGCGGAUGGCCAGUGCCAGACAACAUUGUCAUAAAACUCCUGUCAAAACGGAUAAACAGACUGGAUUGCUACAUUCGAGGUUGGGUAUUGCAUGGUUUCCCAAGAGAUGAAGACCAAGCGAAACACAUGCCAGGGGCUGCGAUUUAUCCAAACAGGGUUUUUUUCCUGAACGUCCCAGUUGAAACAGUUCUGGAGCGGCUUUCCUACCACAUGUUGGAUCCGGUCAGCGGUGAAAGGUAUCACAGCCUGUGUAAACCUGCCAUUACAAAGGAAGUCAAUGAUCGCCUUCUGAUUAAUCCAAAGGAUAUGGAAGAAACCAUCAAGAGCAAAGUGGACCUGUAUUUCAGGCUUUCCAGCGGCUUGGAAGAAUCGUUUGAAGAUGCGAUUUUUAUCAAUGGCGAUCAAGACCCCCAGACGGUAUUUGAGUACAUAGAGAGUUAUGUGGUCAAUCCACUCCCGGUCAAAGAGCUCUGGGACCUGUAGUAUCUCAGCCUUCAUAGUGAGGAAGCUGAAACAACUCUCCAUCUAAGAAUAGCUGAAAAAAGAGAGUAAUUUGAGUUUCCCGAAGUAGAGAAGUUAAAGCAAAGCCAUAAAAAUAGUUGGAAGUUCUUAAAACUUUGCAAGUAGAAAGUUGCUUUUAUUUCCCUUCCCGUGUGAAAAGACCAAGUCGCUCCUAUUCGUAAAACCCUCAAGUGAUCCUGCUUAAAAAAAUGGUAUUUGGAGAGGGGUUACACAUUUUGAAGGGCAGAAUAUUGUUCCUUUCCUCAAAUAAUUUAUGAUCUGUUUAUCCCUUUGUUCUUCCCAAGGGAAAUUUUAAAAGUUAAUAUUUGGAUUGUUAAGUAGGCAGAAAUUUGGAUGAACCCAAGCUGUUUGGGUAGAAGGAAACAGAUACCUUCUUCCUUUGCCCUCCCUUGUGUUUGCUGAAAAUCUGAUUCCCUUCUACCCUGAUUACCUUCUUUGGUUUAAACUGUGUAGAUAACACUAUUAAAAGCUUUUUUGAA